AUGUACAACGCCGUUCAUCGCGGGCCGGCCCUGGCGAGAGCGUUUCGAACAUGCGCUCCCCGGGUCUUGCAGUCUGCUAGAGUCGCAUCUCCUUUGACUGCAAAUCUUCAAAAAGCAUUGCCCCUGACGCUAUCGUCCCUUCGUCAAGUCCGAUCGUUUCAGUCCGCUCUUUUGAAACAGGCCAAUGCUGCUGCCGCUGAGACUCAGCCGCAAGAGUCUUUCAGUUCCAUUUCCGAGUUUUCACAACUGAGUCAUCAUGGCCACGUGCAUCCACGCAUUAUUCACUCUAUCACUGAAAGGAUGAACAUCAACACCAUGACCGAUGUACAGAAACUGACCAUCGCUCACUCCGUUACAGGCGCUGAUGUUUUGGCUCAAGCUAAGACCGGUACUGGCAAAACCCUUGCCUUCCUUGUUCCUGUACUUCAAAGAAUCAUCACCAAUGAUCCCAGUCUCGUUCAGAGAUCCCGUGGCCGAUUUGAUGGACCCGAUUCCCAGGAUAUCCGCGCCAUUAUAAUCUCACCCACUCGUGAGCUCGCCGAGCAGAUUUCCGUGGAGGCUAGGAAAGUUGCGGCUGGUACCGGUGUUGUCGUUCAGACGGCUGUGGGCGGCACAAGGAAACAAGAGGGAUUGAACCGCAUUAGAAGGGAGGGCUGCCAUGUUCUCGUUGCUACUCCUGGUCGCCUGAAAGAUAUUCUGUCGGAUUACAGGAGUCGUGUCGCUGCGCCCAAUCUUGAUAUCCUUGUCCUCGACGAAGCUGAUCGAUUGUUGGACGACGGUUUUGGUCCAGAAAUCGAGAGUAUCAAAGACCUACUUCCUGACCCGAGUGUGAGGGAUCGACAGACCCUCAUGUUCUCUGCAACAGUGCCUCGUGAAGUCAUGGGUAUGGUGCGCAGGUCAAUGAAACCCAAAUUUCAAUUCAUCAAAACGGUCUCCGAAGACGAGGUACCCACGCAUUUGAGAGUGCCUCAGAAAAUGGUGUUCCUUCGAGGCUUUGAGAACGGAUAUCCCACAAUUGUUGAGAUCCUGAAAAGGUAUAUGGAUCGUGCCGCCGCAGACCAGAACCUACGUCCAAUGAAAGCUAUCGUAUAUUUCAACACCACAGUUGAGGUCCAGUUAGCACAUGAAGCUUUUGGCGCGUUGCUCAGUGAUCCUAUGCAGCGUCGGAGCGGCAACCCUCUAGGUCGCAAGAUCCUCCAUAUUCACUCCAAACUCUCCCAAGCCCAGCGAACCCAUUUCUCCGAUGCGUUCCGACGUGCUGAGUCUGGAAUCCUCAUUUCGUCUGAUGUGACUGCGCGAGGUUUAGAUUUCCCGGAUGUCACACAUGUCAUCCAAGUGGGUAUUCCUAGGAACCGAGAAUCCUACAUUCACCGAUUAGGUCGCACCGGUCGUGCCGGCAAAGAAGGUCAAGGAUGGGUUCUCAUCCAUGAUGAAGAAGAAAGAUCAUUUGUUGAACAGUUGGGUGACCUGCCUAUUGAACAAGACAAUUCAAUUGAAGCCGCCAAUGCCGAUAUGUCCAAGCCAGACUCAUUGUCCGGACCUGUUGCUGAGACCAUAAGCCAAGUUACAGCAGCGUUGAAGCUGGUCCCAUACGAAGUCAAGGAAGACGCUUACCGUAUUCAAUUGUCUGCCAACAGCAGUACCUUUGGUCGCAAGAGAAAUCUUGUCGCUGCUCUCAAUGAUCUUGCCAAGAACGGAUGGGGCCUUCCUGAACCCCCGGCAGUGAGUCCAUCAAUGGCCUCAAAGCUUGGUUAUGAUAGAGUCCCUGGAUUGCGGAUGGAAGAACGACGAUCAUCUAGGGGUAGAUAUGAUGAUGCUGCCAGUUCUGGUACACCUUCAGGCGCCCAAUGGCGCUUUGAACGUCCUCGACGAGACGGGUUCGCUAGCCGUCGUCAACAGGGGUUUCAACGCCCUGAACGGGAUGAUUGGUUCAGUAUGGACCGGGCUAGAGGUCGCCGUGAUUAG